ACACCGCAUGCGCCUGAAACCGGCGCAGUCCUGGUCGGAGACCACUCGUUUCUCCGGUGUCGUAGGCCUUCCAAGAUCAACGGCGACUAGCACAACUUGCGCAGCUAGUUUGGUUCAAUCUUUGCUACCUAGCUAAUACUUCACAAUGUCGACUGCGCAGUCAACGCGGUCCAAAGACGAGCCAGAGCCCAAAGCCGAGCUCUCGGUAUCCUCCUCCCUACCACCACCGCCCCCAACCGAAAAGCUCCGUCCCGUGGACCAGUUCCGCUCCGCCAUCUCCGAGCCCGUGGUCGCGGCCUUUUGCGCCGGCGGCGUGGCGGGCGCCGUUUCGCGCACCGUGGUGUCGCCGCUCGAGCGGCUCAAGAUCCUCUUCCAGGUCCAGAGCGCGGGGCGGGAGGCGUACAAGCUCAGCGUGGGCAAGGCCCUGGCAAAGAUGUGGAAGGAGGAGGGCUGGCGCGGGUUCAUGCGGGGCAAUGGCACGAACUGCAUCCGCAUCGUGCCGUACUCGGCGGUGCAGUUUGGGAGUUAUAAUUUCUAUAAGAGGCACUUCUUUGAGCGGCACCCGGGGGACAGUCUCACGCCGCUCUCGCGUCUGACUUGCGGCGGUCUCGCCGGCAUCACCUCCGUCACCUUCACAUACCCGCUUGACAUCGUGCGGACACGACUGUCUAUCCAGUCCGCGUCGUUUGCUGAACUCGGCGAGAGGCCGAAGAAGCUCCCCGGCAUGUGGCAGACCAUGGUGAUGAUGUACAAGACGGAAGGGGGCGUCACUGCGCUGUACAGGGGCAUCGUCCCGACAGUGGCUGGUGUUGCACCAUAUGUCGGCUUAAACUUCAUGACGUACGAGUUUGUCAGACAGUACCUGACAUUAGAAGGCGACCAGCACCCCAGCGCGGUUCGGAAAUUAGCUGCCGGUGCCAUCUCUGGAGCGGUCGCGCAGACAUGCACAUAUCCAUUCGAUGUGUUGCGGCGACGGUUCCAAAUCAACACCAUGUCGGGCAUGGGCUACCAGUACAAGUCCCUCGCGGACGCGGUCCGCGUCAUCAUCGCCCAAGAAGGCAUCAAGGGGCUUUACAAGGGCAUUAUCCCCAACCUCCUCAAGGUGGCGCCGAGUAUGGCGUCAAGCUGGCUGAGCUUUGAGAUAUGCCGCGAUUUCCUCGUCAGCCUGAAGCCCGAAGAGGAGCCGCUAUUACAAUGAUGUUGCCUAGACGUGAGUCCUAUUCGCCGGCGUCGUUGACGUUCCUAAGGCUCUGAUUUCCUUAGGAAGACCCCACAAACAUCCGCUCGACCAUGGCAACUUUUUUGUGUUCCUCUAGAUACGCCACUGAUAAAACUAGUUGUACAUACC